CUCCCAUUAAUUCCUGACCGUCGCUCGUUUUAAUCGACCUUUCCAAACAAUGUCUCUUCCAACUUUCAAUAGCUGCUGCUUGCUUAGUUGCUUUUCUCUCUGUUUCUGUAGCUAUUAGCAGCUGGCUUCAUUUUACAACAUCUACAGCAGAUUUCUGCAGAAGCUAGCAUGAGCUGCUUCACCUACCUAGCUCACUCAGCACAAGUCAGAUUAGCUCGAUCAUAGUUUUAGUAAAUCCAAUGCAAAAACAAAACUACAAAAGCCUCAUCAUAUAAAUUGGAGAUAGCUGACAACUUGACCAAAGUUUCCAUUCAUCACCAAAAAUGAUGAAGAACUCCAUCAAGUUAUUCAUUUCUCUCAUCAAUAUCCUGCUAUUGCCAGAAAUAGCUCUGGCAGAUCCAAGAACACAAACAGUCCAAGUAACCUGUGGCAAUCAACUUGAGCACAACUCCUCUGUCUUUGUUCCGAAUUUCGUUGCUACAAUGGCAAACAUCAGCGGGCAAAUGACAGCUUCUGGGUACGGAGUGGCAGUCACUGGUUCAGGUCCUGAUAUUAACUAUGGCCUGGCUCAAUGUUAUGGAGAUCUUUCUCUACAAGACUGUGUGCUGUGUUACGCCGAGGCACGUACAGUGCUACCUAAAUGCUACCCUUAUAACGGGGGUCGGAUUUUCCUUGACGGGUGCUUCAUGAGGUCUGAAAAUUACAGCUUUUAUGAGGAGUUUAGAGGACCAAACGACACGGCUGUGUGUGGGAACACAACUAGAAAGAGUUCGUUGUUUGAAGCUUCAGCUAGGCAGGCUGUGAUGAGUAUUGUUCAAUCUGCGCCGAGCAACAGAGGGUAUGCAAGGGCUCAGGUGGGUGUUAGUGGGACUGUGAAUGAAACAGUUUAUGUUCUGAGUGAUUGUUGGAGGAGUUUGAAUGAGAGUUCUUGCAGACAAUGUUUGGAAAAUGCUUCUGAAUCAGUAUUGGGUUGCUUGCCUUGGUCUGAGGGGAGGGCACUAAACACUGGCUGCUUCAUGAGGUACUCUGAUACAGAUUUUCUCAACAAGGAAUUGGGAAGUGGGAGUUCCAGAGGUACCAUUAUUGUGAUAGUGGUCUCAGUUGUCAGUUCUCUGGUUGUUUUGGUAGUUGGAGGAGUUAUUGGAUUUUAUAUCUGGAAGCACAGAUAUAUACAAAAGAAAAGAAGAGGUUCCAAUGAUGCAGAAAAGAUGGCGAAAACCCUCAUUGACAGUAGCUUAAACUUUAAGUACUCUACAAUUGAAAAGGCCACAGAAUCUUUUGGCAGUGCCAACAAGCUUGGACAAGGAGGUUUCGGAACAGUUUAUAAGGGAGUUUUGCCUGAUGGGAGAGAGAUUGCAGUAAAGAGGCUUUUCUUUAACAAUAGGCAUAGGGCAGCAGAUUUCUAUAAUGAAAUCAACAUUAUAAGCAGCGUGGAACACAAAAACUUGGUUAGAUUGUUGGGUUGCAGUUGCUCAGGACCCGAAAGCCUUCUGGUCUAUGAAUACCUAGCCAACAAGAGUCUUGACCGCUUCAUUUUCGCAGAUGAACAAAGAGGCAAAACACUGAACUGGGAGAAGAGAUAUGAGAUCAUUACGGGAACAGCAGAAGGUUUAGUCUAUCUUCAUGACAACUCUAAAACAAGGAUCAUUCACAGAGACAUAAAAGCCAGUAACAUCCUUUUGGAUUCACGGCUUCGUGCUAAGAUUGCCGAUUUUGGGUUAGCUAGGUCCUUCGAGGAAGAUAAGAGUCACAUUAGCACAGCUAUUGCAGGAACAUUGGGAUACAUGGCUCCAGAGUACUUAGCUCAUGGCCAGUUGACAGAAAAAGCAGAUGUCUACAGUUUUGGAGUACUGAUAAUGGAAAUCAUAACUGGGAGGCAGAACAACAGAAGCAAAUCUGCAGAGUACUCAGACAGCCUAGUUACAAUUACAUGGAGGCACUUUCAAGCAGGCACUGUGGAGGAACUAUACGACCCAAAUUUGAUGUUGCAGAAUGUCAGCGGUGACGAAGUUAAGGAUGAAAUAUUGAGAGUGGUACAAAUAGGACUGUUAUGCACCCAAGAGAUCCCUACAUUACGACCAACAAUGUCAAAGGCAUUACAGAUGCUAACAAAGAAAGAGAACCUUCCUGCACCCAGCAAUCCACCUUUCAUAGAUGAAAAGACCAUGGAACUAAAUGACACAUACGACGACCCAUGUUACCCAAAUGCAGAUGGUUCUGGUUCAGUUGCUAGUGUUACACAUAGUUCUUUCUAUCCAAGGUGAUGACAAUAAGAGGUGAAAUGUUUACACACUAACACCAUUACAGCAGUGCACACCCUUGGAGGCAUUUUGAAGGGAUCUAAAUUUGUAAUCUGAAGCCAUAUUUUUGAUGCACUGAAUAAAGUGCAAAUGGCAUUUGAGGAUUUGUAAAUAUAUUCAGAAUGGUUGGCUCAGAUUUCCAAAUAUAUCAAUAUUUUUCUCCA